CCCACUGGCAGAAGGAGCAUGGCGUGGGCACAUCUGAAAAAGCGGGCCCUAGAUGCUGUGGUCAUCCUGGGAGGUGGAGGACUUUUCUUUGCCUCCUACCUGACAGCCACGGGGGAUGAGCAUUUCUACGCUGAAUACUUGAUGCCUGCUCUGCAGGGGCUGCUGGACCCAGAGUCCUCCCACAAGCUGGCCGUUCGCUUCACUGCCCUGGGGCUCCUUCCUCGGGCCAAAUUCCAAGAGUCUGACAUGCUGGAAGUGAGAGUGCUGGGCCAUAAGUUCCGGAAUCCCGUGGGGCUUGCUGCCGGCUUUGACAAGCACGGGGAAGCUGUGGAUGGACUUUACAAGCUGGGCUUCGGUUUUGUUGAAGUGGGAAGUGUGACUCCACAGCCUCAGGAAGGAAACCCCAGACCCAGAGUCUUCCGCCUCCCAGAGGACCAAGCCAUCAUUAACAGGUACGGGUUUAACAGCCACGGGCUCUCGGCGGUGGAGCAGCGGUUACGCGCCCGACAGCAGAAGCAGACCAAGCUCACUGAAGAUGGGCAGCCACUGGGAAUAAACCUAGGGAAGAAUAAAACAUCGGAGGAUGCUGCUGCAGACUACGCAGAGGGGGUUCGGGUCCUGGGCCCCUUGGCUGACUACCUGGUGGUGAAUGUGUCUAGUCCCAACACGGCUGGGCUGCGCAGCCUUCAGGGAAAAGCUGAACUGCGCCGCCUGCUGACCAAGGUGCUGCAGGAGAGGGAUUCCUUGAAGGGACCACAGAAGCCGGCCGUGCUGGUGAAGAUCGCCCCCGACCUCACCGCCCAGGACAAGGAGGACAUCGCCAGUGUGGCCAGAGAGCUGGGCAUCGAUGGGUUGAUUGUCACAAACACCACCGUGAGUCGCCCUACUGGUCUUCAGGGUGCCCUGCGCCAUGAGACCGGAGGGCUGAGUGGGAAGCCCCUCCGAGACCUGUCAACACAGACCAUCCGGGAGAUGUACGCCCUCACCCAAGGCCGCAUCCCCAUCAUCGGCGUUGGUGGUGUCAGCAGCGGGCAGGAUGCGCUGGAGAAGAUCCAGGCAGGGGCCUCGCUGGUGCAGCUGUACACAGCCCUCACCUACCGGGGGCCACCCGUGGUGGGCAGGGUCAAGCGCGAGCUGGAGGCUCUCUUGAAAGAGCAAGGUUUUAGCAGAGUCACUGACGCCAUUGGAGCAGAUCAUCGGACGUGAUGACGUCAGGCGAGCCCGUGGCUGGGUGGUGACAAGCAGGGCUCAGCCUCCAGGCAGGGCUUGAACCUGUGGCUUGGCCAGACUGUAGAAGCAUGUCACGGGAUCGCUAGAAUCAGUGAAGGCUUUCUUCUGUCUCUGGGUCACACCACGAAUCCAGAUCCUGGGUCUUUCAAUAGCGCAAAGACAUUGGAUACUUAGGAUAAAAAGCAUGGAGGAAAUAAAGCUGUUUGAAACUCA